AUAUAAUAUCGAGAAAAUUAAAAUCCGAAUAAAGUGGGACAAAAGAUGAUUGCCGCCAUUUCUCUCUCAACGACCAAACCCGCGGCUUCAACCAACAUAACUGUACCUUCUUCAAUCCCCAACGGUCCUCAGAAACCCAGCAAACCUCUAACUACAACCCUCAAAUGGCUCGCCAAAUCCGGCAAAUUAGACGAGGCCCUUCGCCUGAUCGAAUCCUCACCCUCCAAAUUAACAGCCACCCAGUCGGACAUCGAGGCCUACUCCCUCCUCCUCCACACCUGCAUCUCCAGAAGAUCCUUAGAGCACGGCCAAAGGCUUUAUCUCCAGCUUCUCCUCUCCGACGACAGAGGUGAAAACGGCAUCCUUCUCCGAAACCCCACCUUGAAAAGCAAGCUCAUUACGCUCUACUCCGUUUGCGGCAGAGUCGACGAUGCUCGCUCUGUUUUUUAUGAUGGGGUUGAAGAUGGUCAGAUGCCGGAGUCGGUGUGGGUGGCGAUGGCUAUCGGGUACUUGCGAAACGGGUUCUUGGUGGAAGCUUUGAUUGUGUACUGUGACAUGCUGAGCCGGUUAGUCCUGCCGGGUAAUUUCGCUUUUUCGAUGGCCUUGAAGGCGUGUGCGGAGCUGUCUGAGUUGAGGGUUGGUAGGGCGGUCCAUGCCCAGAUUGUGAAAUCCAGUGAAAAGCCUGAUCAAGUGGUGAGCAAUGCUCUGCUGCUGCUGUAUGCGGAGAACGGGUGUUCUGUGGAUGUCUUCAAGGUGUUCGAUACAAUGCCUGAGAGAAAUGUUGUGUCUUGGAACUCUUUGAUUGCGAGUUUUGCUCAACGAGACCAAGUGUUUCAGUCAUUGGAUUGUUUUAGAAGGAUGCAAGGACAAGGGAUGGGAUUCAGUUGGGUCACCCUCACGACGAUUUUACCAGUUUGUGCUAGAAUGACUGCACUUCAUUUCGGGAAAGAGAUACAUGCCCAGAUUGUAAAGUCCACCAAGAGACCAGAUGUACCUGUACUAAACUCACUUGUCGACAUGUAUGCGAAAUCUGGAGCAAUUGAUUACUGUAAGAGGGUGUUUGACGGAAUGCAAAGUAAAGACUUGACAUCGUGGAAUACUGUGCUGGCAGGGUAUGCCAGCAAUGGGUUUAUGGAAGAGGGAAUGAAAUUGUUUGCUCAGAUGGUAGAGUCUGGAAUCCGACCAGACGGGGUGACAUUUAUAGCUUUGUUGUCUGGCUGUAGCCAUGCAGGGCUUACUGAUGAAGGACAGAGUUUAUUUAGUAAAAUGAAGGAGGGUUAUGGCGUGUCACCAACAUUUGAGCAUUAUGCUUGCUUGGUGGAUCUCUUGGGUAGAGCCGGUAGAAUUAAGGAGGCGUUAGAUGUAGUGGAAAACAUGCCUAUGAAGCCGACUGGUAGCAUAUGGGGAUCGUUACUCAACUCAUGCCGGCUCCAUGGCAAUGUUUCUCUUGCAGAGCAUGCUGCAAUGGAGUUGUUUGAGCUUGAACGACACAAUCCUGGGAACUAUGUGAUGCUCUCAAACAUUUAUGCAAAUGCAGGGAUGUGGGAAGAUGUGAAUAGGGUUAGGGAACUAAUGAAGGAUAGGGGAAUAAAAAAGGAGGCUGGAUGCAGUUGGAUACAAAUAAAGAACAAAAUUCACACGUUUGUAGCAGGUGGCGGUUUUGAAUUUCGUAAUUCAACCAAGUUUAAAAAGGUUUGGAGUGAACUGAUGGAUGCUAUGGAAGAGGUUGGAUACAGCACUGACACCAGUGUUGUCCUACAUGAUGUAAAUGAAGAAACCAAAGCAAUGUGGGUUUGUGGACAUAGUGAAAGAAUCGCACUUAUGUUCGCACUUGUCCACACUGCUGACGGAAUGCCAGUUAGGAUUACAAAGAACUUGCGCAUUUGUGCGGAUUGCCACUCCUGGGUGAAAAUAGUUUCAAUGGUUACAGGAGAGAGAUUGUUUUGAGAGACACAAAUCGCUUCCACCAUUUCACAGGAGGAGCAUGCUCUUGCAAGGACUACUGGUAAUAAGUUAAAUAACACAAUUCUUUCUUGCUUCUUUCGACGUUCUGCCACUGUCUUUUUUUUUUUUUUCACGAUUCUUGUUUACAUUUUUUUGUGAAGUUUGAUUCUUCCUCUUAUAAGGACCGAUUAUAUAAUAAAAUUAUGUUAUGUUCUAGCA